AUGUCUGCAAACCUGGCAACUGAUAUCCAUACGCAAUCAAGCCUUGUACCGCGGAUUGCAAUGGACCAGUCCAAUACACCUCUCUUCCAUGGCUUGGCAGGAACUUUUGUGGUGGAUCGACCAGCUGAAGGCAUGGAAUGGACACUUGUUCCUCUCAGAAACGACCUGGCCUCGGCUAUAUCUUUGUCCACCAUGGAACAUACUUCUCCACAUACUGCAGAAACUACAACGAGAGAAGGUUCCUGCUACGUUGAUAAUGCACAACUGGUCGAGCACCCUCUGGUAUCCUCUCCUCCUCCAGCUGUCGUCCCGCCCACCAAUCUCUAUCCCUUGUCACCUGGUCCUUCCCGCACCAGGCUGCACCAACCAUGUUAUUCUGAAGAACCCACACUGGAACAUGAUUGUGUGGGACAUAAAUUACGCAGGUUAGAAGACCAAGGAUUCGAUGACAAUGCCAACACCAUCAUUCUCAACUGCGAUUGCAACCACUUCCGACGAUCCUAUAACUGUAUUCAACACACUUACAUCGACUGGGCACACCACCACAACGUCAGCCCUUUCAUUUCUAAUCCCGUUCAUAUAGUCAACUAUCUGGCCUAUGAUGCUACCCAUUUGAAAUGGAAAGCAUCCACUUGUCAAGCCUACCACUCCGUCAUUCUUGAUUUGUACUCGGAUAAAGAUUUUAUUAUCAAAGACUCUACCUACAUUGAAUUCUUUUCUGUACUCAACGAACAAAACCUACUGUCUUUCCACUAUCCAACAUAUGAUAUUGCCCUGGUCAUUCAGUUCAUUCAUAACCUUGGUCCUAAUGACACAAUGAAUGCGAUAGAUCUCACACAUAAGUUGUGCUGGCUUCUUGCCAUUUGUGAGUUUAUGUGUCCAACUGAUUUGGAACGAGUCGAUGACCACCAUACAUCAAGAGACAAUGGCAUCCUUUGCUUGGUCAUUGUUGCCUCCAAAGAAAAACGUUCAGGUAGAUGCAUCAAAAGGGUUGUCGCCAUUCAACCUCAUGAGGACCCCUUACUUUGUCCCGUUGCCACCUAUCUAGCCUACAAGUCCAACAUCGCCUUCUCAGUCUGCAUUUGGCCUCACUCUGUCCUCUCUCAGGUGACUUUGCAACAAUUAGUACGUGACGUCCAUAAUUACAAUAGACCUAUUGAAUCAGAACGGAUAUCCAAGCAUAUUCAAUUUCUCAUAGAGAAGAUCCCUAGUCCUUCUGGUGCCCUCCUCCCCAAGGCCCGGGCUCUGGGACCUACUCUUGCUUUGGCUUCUGGUGCUUUGGUUGAAGAUAUUCUUGUACACGGCUCAUGGGCUUCCUCCGCCAUUUUUGACACAUUUUACCACUUAAUUGAUGGUAACAUAGCCGAGUCUCUGUCUCUUCGAAUAAUAGGUAUAGGCCUUCAGCCUUCGGCCUUGGCCAACAAUACCAGAAUUAUCCUCUUAUCAUCUAUGAUUUUAUUUACCAAGAUUUUCCAAACAACUAAUGCUCAUUAUGUCUACAAUAAGGGUGGACAAUAG